AAAACAACUUUGAAUUCAAAAUCAAAACCAUUAGAAUUCAAUUUACAAGGUGUAACAGUAUUGUUUUUUAGAUAAGAACACAUGAACUCAUUUUAAAGUAAAAUUUAACUGAUUUGUUUUAAAGCUAUCAUAAAUAUUAGAUUUCUGUAUAUCAUAACGUGACACAAUACAAUGCGUUUAUAAAUUAUUUUACUGCGACUUUUUAUAAAUUAAUUGGACAUGCAAGUAGCAAUGAGGUUUCGUAAUAUAUUCAAGUUAUAUCAGCAGGCCCUGGCACGUCGGCCGUAUUUGGUACAAGCAGUACAAACCGGUGCUCUCAUGGGCGCAGGUGAUUUAAUAUCUCAAACUGUAAUCGAAAAGAAAAUAAUUAAGGAAAUUGAUUACAAAAGGACUCUCCAGUUUUCUUCCAUUGGAUUAUUUGUGGGUGGUCCUGCUCUACGUCUUUGGUAUGGACUACUUAAUCAACACAUUGGUUCUAGUGGAAAAUCAGUUGCUAUUAAGAAAGUAUUCAUUGAUCAACUGGUAUUUGCACCUGCAUUUCUAUUUCUAAUUCUGUCAGGAGUGGGGACAAUGCAAGGCAAAUCUUGGAAUAAUGUUAAAAAAGAUAUCCAUGCCAAUUAUUAUGAUGUGUUAAAAACAAAUUACUAUGUAUGGCCAUGGGUUCAGAUUGUAAAUUUUUACUAUAUACCCUUGCAGUAUCAAGUACUGCUUGUUCAAGUUGUUGCUUUGUUUUGGAAUACCUAUUUGUCAUGGAAAACAAAUAGAGAGAGAUUGUUAGAAUAAAUUGAUGAGAUAGACAGAUCAAGUUGUGACUGUAUUUUGCUUAAACAAAUUUGUGCCUUUAUGACAUAAACAUUAAAAUUAUUUACAUACUAGUUUUCUGAUAAUGUAGCAUUUUAUAUUGAGUUAUGAGUACAGUGUCAAAAAUGUAACAUAUUAAUGGACUAAGAAGUAGAGUGCCAAAUAAAGGUAAAUACAAAAUUUGUGCCAAAUUGCAAUUUUUACUAUAGGUACUAAACAAAUCGUAGAAAUAUUUAAAUAUAUUUUAUAAAUUGGUAC